CGUAGAACACAGAGCAUGUUGGUUUUGCUUGUCCACAUGGAAGAAGGCGCAUUUGUUUCAUUUCACAUCUUUUCACUUAAAAUUUAAGAAGAUUGUUUGAAUUUUCCAAAUAUUUUAAACAUAUUCUAGAAGAUGUCGCGGUUUUUCCAUGCCGGCUCGGACUCUGAGAGCGAUAGUGAUUCCAGUGUUGAAGAGUUGCAGCCUCAACGACCAGUUCCAGGACGAGCGUAUACUUUCAGUGAUGAUGAAGAGGACACUAAGAGAGUGGUGAGAAGUGAAAAAGACAAGAGGUAUGAUGAGAUUCGUACGAUCAUCAAACAGAUGAAGAACCAUAAGAACAUAAAGGAUAUGCCCAAUGUUCUUACAGAUUUUGAAUCUCUUGGAAAAGCCUAUGAAAAAGCUAGAAAGGUUGUUGACAAAGAAGGCAUCCCACGCUUCUUUCUCCAGUGUCUGUGUGAACUGGAUGACUUCGUCAAUGAUUGCUGGGAGGACCGAGAAUGGAGGAAACAGAUCAGCAAGAACAAUUCGAAAAGCUUGACUUCCCUCCGGCAGAAACUGAAGAAGUAUAUCCGCGAGUUUGAAACGGAGCUCGGUAGUUACCGCGAGAACCCUGAUGAAGAGGAGGUUGGUGAAAAAGAGGCUGUGGUGGAGGAUGAAGGUGUUGACGACAAGUUGGAACCCACCAAGGCCGACAUCCCCAGCAAGAAGGAAGCGAGAAUAGCCAAAGAACCUACGAUGUCGGGCGAUGAAGGCGACGAGAGUGAUGAAAGCGAGUUCUGGGGGUCGUCAUCGUCAGACUCAGAAUCCGAGUCGGAAGAUGAACGUCCAGAAGGCGGGCGGCUGACUGCCGAGUAUUUCUUGAAGAAAACGACAGAGGCUGAGAGUCAGCGCCGAGAGGAGCGUAAGAGAGAGAGGAAACGUGAGAAGGAGCUGAAGAAGAAGGCGAAGGAGGAGGAGGAGGGGGAGUGGGAGGAGGUUAAAGGAGGAGCUCCUCUCGUAGUGGAGAAACCAAAAAUGUUCAGCAAAGAUCAGGAAAUAAAUCACGAAGCUGUGAUGAAGAAAUUGUUUGAAAUUAUUUCUGCCCGUGGCAAGAAGGGCACGGAUCGAUCGGAACAGAUUGAGCUGUUGAAGGAGUUGAAAUUGGUGGCCGAGACGGCAAACCUCGGCCCUGCGGUGGCUGUCAAGAUCAUGUUCAACAUCAUGGCGGCCAUCUUUGAUUACAACCCAAACAUCGCAACGUGCAUGAGAAACGAAAUGUGGACAUACUGUAUGAGCGCGAUGAAGGAGCUGCUGGACUUGUUGAUUACUAACGAGGACAUCACUGUCGGGGAAAACAUCGCAGAAGACAAUGAGAAUGUCGAGACGUCGCCGUACCAAGUGCGUGGCUGUGUUUUAACAACGCUGGAAAGAAUGGAUGAGGAGUUUACCAAGAUGUUACAGGGAUGCGAUGCUCACAGUACAGAAUACGUUGACAGGUUACAAGAUGAAUAUGAAAUCAAUGACAUGACAAAACGUCUUCAGAAAUAUCUGGAACAGAGGGGCACAUCAGAAGAACUCUGUCGCAUCUACCUGAGGAGAAUUGAACACAUCUACUACAAGUUUGAUCACAGUUGCUUUGAACCAGAGAAAGAGGGAGCGGGCGAUGCCGAGGAGACAUCGUCGGAGGAUGACAUGGACCGACUCUGUAAAUACAUCUACGCUAAAGACAGCACAGAUCGCCUGCGGACCCGCGCCAUGCUGUGCCACAUCUACCACCACGCCCUGCAUGACCGCUGGUUCCAGGCUCGCGACCUCAUGCUCAUGUCGCACCUCCAGGACUCCAUACAGCAUUCAGACGUUCCCACCCAGAUCAUGUACAACAGAACGCUGGUGCAGCUCGGUUUGUGUGCGUUCCGUCAGGGGAUGAUCCGCGACGCACACAACGCGCUCGUUGACAUUCAGAGCAGCAACCGAGCCAAGGAACUGCUUGCCCAGGGCCUGUUGCCGCAACGACAACAUGAAAGGACUCCCGAACAGGAGAAGAUAGAGAAGCGGCGAUUGUUCCCGUUCCACAAACACAUCAACCUCGAGUUGCUGGAGUGUGUGUAUCUCGUGUCGGCCAUGCUGCUUGAGAUUCCCUACAUGGCAGCCCACGAGCUGGACAUCCGGCGCCGUAUGAUCAGUAAGAACUUUCAUCACGUGAUGAAGAUGAGUGACCGGCAGACGCUGACCGGGCCGCCCGAGAGCAUGCGGGAACACGUGGUGGCCGCCUCCAAGGCCAUGAAGAUGGGAGACUGGAAAGUCUGCAAGAACUUCAUCAUCAACGACAAGAUGAAUGCCAAGGUGUGGGACCUGUUUUACCAGAAGGACAAGGUGCGCGACAUGAUCGUCACCAAGAUCCAGGAGGAGAGUCUGCGCACCUACCUCUUCACAUACAGCAGCGUCUACGACUCACUCAUCAUGGACCACCUGGCCGAGAUGUUCGAGCUGAAGAAGCCCGUGGUGCACUCCAUCAUCAGCAAGAUGAUCAUCAACGAGGAACUCAUGGCGUCGCUGGACCAGCCGACUCAGACGGUUAACAUGCACCGCACGGAGCCGAGCCGACUGCAGUCAUUGGCGCUGCAACUCUCGGAGAAAGUGUCCACCCUCGUGGAGAACAACGAGCGCAUCAUGGAGAUCAAACAGGGCAACUACUACUUCCCCAAAACUAAUCAGCCACAGUACUAUCAGCAAAAUCAAGGUCAAAACUGGAAUCGUGGAGAUCAAGGGAGGCAAGGGGGAUGGAAUCGUGGAGAUCAAGGGAGGCAAGGGGGAUGGAAUCGCGGUGAAGGGAGGCAAGGGGGAUGGAAUCGCGGAGAAGGGAGGCAAGGGGGAUGGAAUCGAGAUAGAGACCAAGACAGGUGGAAUCAAAAUCAAGGAUGGGGACGCCGAGGGAACCGAGACAAUCGACAGAGGAAUUACUGAUCUCGCCGACGGUGUUGUAGAAGUGUAUAAAGACUCUGUCAAUGGAUCGUGCAGACAAAGGCUACACAGCUGUAAUAUUGAUUUUCUCUCUCAGACUUGGAUACAGUUGUACUAUCAGUGUGUUGUACUUUGUGAAACUCAACUUAAACAAUUUGGACUCUCAGUUGUUAUUCGUCAGUAAUGUACAUAUUUCCAAUAAUCAAUAAUAUUUUGCUUGAUUACACUUGAGAAAACAAAUCGUGAAAUCUUUGAAUUUCUGUAGCCAUACUAUUUUAACAACAUGUGGAUACUAUUUAUUUGUUUAAUUUACGUCUAUCCCCACCCCCAUGGUUACAGCAGUUAGUUUAAGAUCAACCUUAGAAAAAAUGUUUUCACAUUUCUACAUGACCAAUGUGUAUGUCUAAAAGUAUUAAAAUAUGUCAUGGUGGUUUUUGUGAUUUAUUAUAUCUGGAUUCAGUCAAAUGGUAAUAAAAUAACUUCUUGGUCUCA